AUGGCUACCAUGGAGAACGUGAUCGUGCUCGUGAACCGCAUCCAGCGCGCCUGCACCGUCCUCGGCGACCACGGCGGCGGGGAUGUCGCCGCCCUCUGGGAAGCGCUCCCGUCAGUCGCCGUCGUCGGCGGUCAGAGUUCGGGGAAAUCAUCGGUGCUCGAGAGCAUCGUGGGGCGAGAUUUCCUGCCUCGAGGGUCAGGGAUCGUGACUCGUAGGCCACUCGUACUGCAGCUGCACAAGACGGAGGACGGCGUGCAGGAGUACGCCGAGUUCCUGCACAUGCCCAAGCGCCGCUUCACUGAUUUCGCUCUUGUGCGGAAGGAAAUCCAAGAUGAAACUGACAGGUUGACUGGAAAGACAAAGCAAAUAUCUCCAGUUCCAAUUCAUCUCAGCAUAUACUCUCCACAUGUGGUCAACUUAACAUUGAUUGAUCUGCCGGGUCUAACAAAAGUUGCAGUAGAGGGCAGCCUGAAAGCAUUGUUCAGGAUAUCGAAAAAGCAUGGUGCGCUGUCGUAUGUUGAUAAGCCGAAUUGUCUUAUACUGGCUAUAUCUCCUGCCAAUCAAGAUAUAGCAACAUCAGAUGCAAUCAAGCUUGCCCGGAAGUGGAUCCAACUGCAUCUAGAGGCUGCUAUCAGAUCACGAUUCUCGAGCAUAACCUCUCUGAUAAACAAAACUAUUGAUGAGCUUGAAUCUGAGAUGGAUCACCUUGGUAGACCUAUUGCCUCUGAUGCUGGGGGACAUCAUGGCUAUUCUUUUUGCAGGCUCAAUUGUACCUCAUCCUGGAGCUUUGCUGCAUUUGACAAAAUAUUUAAAGAACAUCUUGAUGGAGGACGACCUGGUGGUGAUAGAAUUUAUGGGGUCUUUGAUAACCAACUCCUUCUGCUUCAUGGAAGCUUCCAUUUGAUCGCCACCUCCGUGCAAAAUGUGAAGCGGGUUGUAUCACAGGCAGAUGGUUAUCAGCCUCAUUUAAUUGCUCCUGAGCAAGGGUACCGGGCCUUGAUUGAAUCUGCUCUCAAUUAUUUUAGAGGUCCAGCUGAAGCUUCUGUAGAUGCUGUGCAUUCUGUUUUGAAAGAGCUGGUGAGGAUAUCCAUUGGGGAGACUCAGGCCCUUGAGAGAUUCCGUGAAGAUGGCAGGAAAACUACUUCACGGCUGGUUGAUAUGGAGUCAGUAUAUUUGACUGUGGAGUUCUUCCGCAAGCUCCUACAGGAAGUUGAUAAGACUGAACUGAAACUCCAGGACUGCAAACCCUCCUGCUCCUUCGGAUGA